AUGAUCAAGAGAGCUCAAGAACAAGGAUUAUUAUCUGGUUUUCAAGUUAAACCUAAUGGUUUACAAAUUGGUCAUUUGCAAUUUGCAGAUGACACACUUAUCUUUCUAGAUGCUGACAUUGAGCAAGUUAAAAACUUGAGAAUUAUUCUGCUUUCUUUUGAGAUGCUUACAGGUUUGAAGAUUAAUUUUGCUAAGAGCCAGAUUUUUGGUGUUGGAUAUGAUGGUGAUUUGAAUGCUUUUUCUUCUCUUCUUGGUUGUUAUAAUGGAGUUCUACCAACAACUUACUUAGGACUGCCAUUGGGGGAUAAAUGUGGAGGUGUUGCAAAAUGGGAUAAAGUGGUAGACAAAUUCAUUGCUAGAUUUCCUGGUUGGAUAAAACCUCUUAUCUCCAGAGAAGAAAUUCCAAUUUCUGUCUUGAGAAAGCUUGAACAAAUUAUGAGAAAAUUUCUUUUGAGUGAUAAUAAAGGGAAAAAGAAAAUUCAUCAUGUUAAAUGGGAGGCUUUGUGUAAAAAGAAUAGGUUUGGAGGUUUGGGCAUUAAAAACUUGAAGCUGGUGAAUCAAUCUUUACUAUCUAAGUGGUCUUGGAGAUAUGCAACUGAAGAGGAUGUUCUUUGGAAGCAAAUUAUAGAUGAAAAAUAUGGUGUUGGUGAUCCUUUGUGGUGUCCUAAAAUUCCUAAAUGCACAUAUGGAAGAUCAUUCUGGAGGGCUAUCAUGAAUACUAACUCUUGUUUCUUAAAACAUGUUAGAUUCAAAGUAAAUGAUGGAGUUCAGUUGAGAUUUUGGCAUGACAAUUGGUUGUAUGAGAAACCCAUUAAAACUGUUUUUCCAGCUCUUUUCAGAUUAUCUAGAGCUAAAAAUUCUACAGUGGAUGUUGUUGGUAUUUAA